GCUUCAUCAGCUCUUCCUUGCCUUCCCUUUCCCUUUCCCCCUUCCACUUCUUCGUGGUCACACUUCAAUUCCACCCAAACAUUAUCCACUACACCAUCUGUCUCUCACUUCCUUCAAUCCCAUCAUGCAUCGAGGUUCCGGUCUUAUGCGUGCCAUCCCUCGGGCUGCCACCAAAGCUCGACGAGCCAACAACGCCCUUCUAGGCGCUUCUCGUAGCCUUGCUACUCUCAGCAAGCCUAAUGUCACCCCACUCAUCUCGAAAUGCGCUAUCCCCAAGUUCGCUCAAUCCCAAGUCGAUCAAACUCGAUCAUACGCAACCGAGGCCAAGGGUCAAAUCGGUCAAAUCAAGACUGUUAUUGGUGCCGUCGUCGAUGUCUCUUUCGAUGGCGAGAACUUGCCUCCGAUUCUUAACGCCCUCGAGGUUCAAGAUUUCGGACAGCGUUUGGUUCUUGAAGUCGCCCAGCAUUUGGGAGAGAACACCGUCAGAACAAUUGCUAUGGAUGGUACCGAAGGUCUCGUCCGUGGUCAAAAAGUUAUUGACACUGGCGCUCCCAUUCAGAUUCCAGUCGGGCCUGAGUGUCUGGGACGUAUCAUGAACGUUAUCGGUGAACCGAUUGAUGAGCGUGGACCGAUCAACACCAAGACACAGAUGCCUAUUCACGCCGAGCCUCCAUCAUUCAUUGAUCAAUCGACAAUUCCUGAAGUGCUUGUUACCGGUAUCAAAGUCGUAGAUUUACUUGCACCAUACGCUCGUGGUGGAAAGAUUGGUCUUCUUGGUGGUGCUGGUGUCGGAAAGACUGUGUUCAUUCAAGAGUUGAUCAACAACGUUGCCAAGGCUCAUGGUGGUUACUCCGUUUUCUGUGGUGUCGGUGAACGUACUCGUGAAGGUAACGAUCUUUACCACGAAAUGAUUGAAACUGGUGUCAUCCAGCUCAAGAACGACAAGAGUAAGGCUGCCCUCGUUUUCGGACAAAUGAACGAGCCCCCAGGAGCCCGUGCCCGUGUUGCUUUGACUGGUUUGACACUUGCAGAAUAUUUCCGUGACGAAGAGGGACAAGAUGUGCUUUUGUUCAUUGACAACAUUUUCCGAUUCACCCAAGCUGGUUCCGAGGUAUCUGCCUUGUUGGGUCGUAUCCCAUCUGCUGUCGGUUACCAACCUACUCUCAGUACCGAUAUGGGUGGUAUGCAGGAACGUAUCACCACCACCCGAAAGGGUUCCAUCACAUCCGUCCAGGCCGUUUACGUGCCUGCCGAUGAUUUGACUGAUCCUGCCCCCGCAACUACCUUCGCACACUUGGACGCCACCACUGUAUUGUCCCGAGGUAUUUCUGAACUUGGUAUUUACCCAGCUGUCGAUCCCCUCGACUCCAAGUCGCGUCUACUUGACCCCCGUAUUGUCGGAGAGGAACAUUACAACUUGGCCACCGCUAUCCAGAAGCUCUUACAAGAUUACAAGGGUCUCCAGGAUAUCAUUGCCAUUUUGGGUAUGGAUGAAUUGUCAGAAGAUGACAAAUUGACAGUCGAGCGAGCCCGAAAAGUUCAACGAUUCAUGUCCCAACCUUUCGCCGUCGCUGAGGUUUUCACUGGUCUCGAAGGACGACUAGUUCCUCUCAAAGAUACCAUUGAGUCCUUCAAGGGUAUCCUUGCUGGUCACCAUGAUCACCUUCCUGAGGCUGCCUUCUACAUGGUAGGAGCCAUUGAUGAUGUUAAGGCCAAGGCUGAUAAAUUAGCAGCUGAGAUGAAGGAUGAGUAAUUUUGAGUACAUUCCCCCGUCAAUACUACUCUACUCUACACUGCAAAUAAAAUGAAAUUGAAGAAUUCAGAUUUUUAGAUUAUUUACCUUUGCCCCUUUAAACUAGUUGACAUCUCAUCAGAUUAGCCCAUUGACAGUUGAGCCAGAUACAUUGAUCACCCUGUUUAAGUGCUUAUGACCGACACAUAAAAUUGUUACUACUCGAUACAUAUUUGGCUCUGCUACCCCGUCAACCAAUUGCAAUACUGUGAAUGCGUUUGUAAAUUCC